CCGAGGCCGUGAUGCAACCUCCGCCGACGCACUACGGAGGCAACACCCGCUCCCGCUUCCUGCCGAGAGGAUGUCCCGCCCUCCCGCGGCGCGGCGCGGCCUGCUGGCAAGCGGGCGCCGGGCAGGGGAGCCAUGCUGCGCUCCCUCAGUUACGUGACCGAUCACACCGGCUUCCGUGGGAUCAUCAAGAAGGCGCCCGGUGACUUCGUGGUGAGGGAACUGGAGCUGCCGCAGCGCCCCGCGGCGCCCCGCGAUGCCAGCCCGCCGCAGCCCGGCCGGCCGGCAGGGGGACCGGCCGCUGCCUGUGCCGCAGCCAGCGCCGGGGCUGAGGGCAUGGCAGGGCCCGCCCGCCGUGACCCUGUGACAUCCCCUGAGCAGAGCCGGUGCGCAGGUGGGCUGAAGUCCGGCCCGGAGGCAGCCGCUCUGUUGGAUUCCCUGUUGGGCAAGCCCACGAGUGAGAGGCUUAGUCAAUUUGCUUGUGAUCUGAAGGAGGCGUGGGACUCGGAAAGGGGUUGUGAUGCCUGCCGCGGGGAGUUCUCGCUGGGAGCCGUGCUGGACAAGAGAGAUCGGGCUGAUUUGCACGGCGCCAUCAGACAGAAAUUCCCCUUUUUGGUCACUGUGACAAAGGACAACGAAAUGGUUGUGAAAGGAAACGCUGACUACAGAGAACUCUGUCAGCUAGUGACUGAAAAGGAAACAAGCGAUUUCUUUAGAUUUUUAGACGCCAAGCUAGAAAAUUCCACCUUUUCUUUUGAGCCUGAUGGAAAUAAGGAGCACAGAAAAGUAGUUCACCACUUCAUCAAUAAAAAAUUUGGUAAAAUUUUAGAAACAAAGUCUUUUACUGUGCCAGAUGUCAGUCAUAAGCCAAAUAUGUCAAUAAUGGUAAGAUUCCGAGGGAAAAGUUGCUCCAGAAAGAGGUCCGCUGAUGGUUUCCAGAUAAAACAAGAUCUUUAUACAGCUUUCACCCUUCAGAAAGAAAAUCUAGAAACACUGGAAGCAAUCAGCUUCUUGGCUGCUGAACUUGGAGUUCUUCCCUCAGACUUCAGUUACACCGGCAUCAAAGAUAAGAAGGCUAUUACCUACCAACCCAUGGUUGUGAAGAAGGUUACUCCUGAGAGGUUGAAAGAAAUUGAAAGCAAAAUGGAAAAAAAGGGCAUGAGAAUACACAACAUACAUUCAGCAAACCAGCAUCUUAGACUUGGUCAGCUGAAAGGCAAUCACUUUGAUAUAGUUGUGAGAGACCUCAAACACCACAGUCAUGACUCUCCUGUAAAUUUGAAAGAAAGAAUAUCUGAAGCAAUGGAAAAUAUUGAGGCAAAAGGUUUUGUGAAUUAUUAUGGACCUCAGCGGUUUGGACAAGGACAAAAUGUUCAGACAGAUCAAAUAGGAUUGGCUCUACUGAAUGAAAAAAUGGUGAAAGCUGUGAAGUUAUUCUUCACGCCUGAAGAUACUGAUGACCCUGUAAAUAAUGCCAAAAGAUACUUUCUUCAAACUGAAGAUGCAAAGGGAGCACUCACGAUGCUGCCAGAAUUUAAAGUGAGAGAGAAGAUGUUGUUACGUGCUUUACAUCGCUAUGGUGUAAAUCAAGAAGGUUGUACUAAAGGAUGGCUCAGUAUUCCUCAUUCGAUGCGCAUAUUCUACAUCCAUGCUUAUUGCAGUCAAAUAUGGAAUGAAGCGACAUCGUACAGGCUGAAGACUUAUGGUUCCAAAGUUGUUGAGGGUGAUCUAGUCUUCUUAGAAGAAAAUGACGAAAGCCUUUCCCUGAAUGACAAGGUUCAUGUUGUCACAGCUGUAGAUGAGUCAGCUAACAAAUACUCUAUACAUCAAGUUGUUCUCCCAAUGGUGGGACACAGUAUCAAGUAUCCAAGUAAUAAAGUCGGGCAGUGGUACCACGAAAGACUUUCUAAGGAUGAGCUGCAGAUGUGCAAAUUCCGAGUGCCUCCAUUGCAACUGAAUAUACCUGGUUGCUACAGACACAUUUUGAAAAACGUUCAGAAUCUUUCCUAUUUUUUGGAAGGCAGCGAAGAAGGAGGCGAGAUUGAAGACAAGCAUCUGAAUGAGUCAAAAGUAUCUCUUCACAUAUCGUUUGACCUUGAUCCUUCAUGCUAUGCAACAGUCUGUCUCAGAGAAAUAAUGAAAUGUGACUUUUAAGAUUUCAGUUAAUGAAAGAUUGCAUUAAUAUUAUACCAAUGGUGAUAUUUUUUGUAUAACACACAAAAAAAAAAAGGGAAAUCACAAUUUCAAACUAGGAACAGGAAAAAUUAAUAGAUUGAGAUUCAUACUGACUGGGGAAGAAAACCAUCAAAAUGUUUCAGAAACAUUCCAAACCCUCAAUGCAAAUCUGGAGUAAAAAAGGCAAAGCUAUGUGUCGUGUCAGACAGGUUUAACAGGACUUAAGGAAGCUGUGGGCUGCAAGCAUGAAUUUCACACUUGCAUAGACAUCCAGCUUGCAAAGUUAUAUCCUGGAAACAUGUUUGCAGAAUGCAAAUGUAUGUUUUAUUUCAUAGUAAUUUUUUUAAAAGCUGGUUUAUACUAAAUAUUCAGGGACACCAAAUAGCAAUUAUGUCGCAAGUUGUAGCCUAUGGGUACCUAACCAAAAAGCUGCUGUGCUGAGAUUCACUGAAUAUAUUGUGUUUUCAUUGCAUUCUUGUACCAAGUGUUAAGAGGUAGAAGUCCUGAAUCAAGAGUCACAGAUUACCUGGCACAUUGUCAGUCAUUUGAUGAAUACUAGAAUUUAAAUUAAUGCUGAUGAUUCCAGGAUUAAGUCAUCCAUAGCUUUUUAGUUAGUGCUUAUUCAAGUAAGCUCAGCAAGAUGAGAAUUGUAACUAUAAUUGCAAAAGCGUUCAUAGUAAAAAGACAAACACUGUUUUAUUGUUCACAGGAUGCAGAUUCUGUUCCUAUUACUGUAAAGUUUUUUGGUGACAAAGAGUUUUUAAUGGAACCACCUUGGGGGAAAAAAAAAAACAACGUUUAUAUUCUUUUAUAUUUUAUAUUUUAAAAGUUAACU